GCCAUAAUAUCUGCUCUAGAAGGAUCACCAGCCGUUUACCCAGCACCUGAGUGUGGACUUUGCAUUCUGAAACAGGAAAAAUGUCAGCAACAAUUCCACGCAUGAAAAUGAAAAUAGAUCCACAGCAUCUAGAGAUUCAGACACAUACAGUGGAGAAAUUGCUAGAACCCCUGAUAAUUCAGGUUACCACAUUAGUGAAUUGCCCUCAAAAUCCUUCUAACAAGAAAAAAGGAUGUUCCAAGAGAGCACGUGUUAUCCUUGCCUCUGUAGAAGAAGCAACUUGGAAUUUAUUGGACAAAGGAGAGAAGAUCGCUAAAGACGCCCCAAUCUUAACUGAGGAGCUUAAUGCUGCACUUCAUGAUGUUCGCAAAGAAAGUGAAUCCUUAAAAGUAACAGCAAAAAAAUUCACAGAUGAUCCUUGUUAUUUGCCCAAAAGGGAGGCAGUUGUACAAGCAGCACGGGCUCUUCUGGCUGCUGUUACAAGACUUCUUAUUCUGGCAGACAUGAUUGAUGUGUCCUACCUGCUGCAACAUCUAACCAGUGUGCAAAGAACGUUUCUUUCUCUUCAGAAUGUAUCUAGUAAAUCUGAACUGCAGAGAACGUAUAAACAUCUUCAGAAAGAACUGGAAAAGCUGGACCAUUUGGCAUAUAAACGGCAGCAGGAUUUAAAAUCAAACAAUCAGCGAGAUGACAUUGCAGCUGCACGUGCUUCUCUGAAGGAAAAUUCAUCUCUCCUCCAUUCAAUUUGUUCUGCUUGUUUGGAACAUUCGGAUGUAGAAUCUCUUGUAGCCAGCAAGGACUCAGUUUGCAAUGAAAUACGGAAUGCACUAAAUGUCCUUUCAGACGCUUCUCAAGGAAUUGGUAAUCAAACGAUUCAGCCAGUGUCACCAUCAGCCACGCUUGGAAGUGCCCUUAAUGAACUUGAGAAUUUGGUUGCCUUGGAUCCUCUUGCUUUGAAUGAUGAUGAAAUAAGGCCAUCGCUAGAAAAGCGUUUAGAAGGGAUUAUCAGCGGGGCUGCUUUAUUAGCAGACUCUUCCUGCACACGGGAUGUUCACCGAGAGCGCAUUAUCACUGAGUGCAAUGCUAUUCGUCAAGCUCUCCAAGAUCUCCUUUCAGAGUACAUGGCUAAUAAUGUCUGUACAAAAACAGAGGUGACCAUCACAGGAGCACUGUCGAGUGCUUCUUUAGCGGAUGCUACUGGAUUCAAAUUUUCUUCUACUACUACAGGCAAAAGUAUGCUUUAA